AUGUCGGCGUUAUACGAGGCGUUACCUUUACUUGCGCUAGAUCCGCGAACUAAAGAAUGGUUCGCGGCAGGCAACGUUCCGUUGCUCCUUACCCUUCUUGUGAGUUACGUAUACUUCGUCAAAAUUAGAGGACCACGCAUAAUGAAGAACAGGAAACCUAUGGAUCACGUUAAGCCACUUAUCAUUGUCUACAAUGCGGCCAUGGUUUUGACUAACGUCUACUUUUGUUAUAACUUCCUCCGACGAACUUACUUCGGUGGAGGAUACAGUUUCGCCUGUCAGGGCAUCGACUACGGAGCAAGGGACCGAGCAACGAUGGAACUAUUGGAGCUCUGUUGGUGGUACUUCUGGGUUCGAGUUGCUGACUUCCUGGACACGGUGUUCUUUGUGCUUCGCAAGAAAGAUGCCCAUAUAUCAUUCCUUCAUGUUGCUCAUCACUGUUUAGUUGUAUUCAACGGAUGGUAUGGGCUUAGCUAUGGCCCUGAUGGGCAGAUCAUGAUGGUGAUUUGCGUCAACAGUUUCGUGCAUAUCGUUAUGUACUCGUACUAUUUCUUGUCUCUUCUGGGUCCUGCCAUGAAGAGGUAUUUGUGGUGGAAGAAAUAUUUGACCCAACUUCAGAUCUUACAGUUCGUCAUGCUCCUCCCGCAUGGAGUAACUCCGCUGUUUAAAGACUGUGGUUAUCCACGGAUGCACAUUUUUAUCGGCAUCCCACAAGGCAUCUUUUUCAUCACCAUGUUUGUGAAGUUUUAUGUAGGAGCGUAUCACAAGAGGCAUAGCGUAUAG